CGAGACUCGGGUCAGAGUUUAUAAGGAGGAGAUCCCUCACCUGUGACAGCACAGUGAACAGAUCGGCGCAUCGAGAAACAUGAGACUCCCAGUCCUGCUCACAUGUCUGCUGGCAGCCUGCCUGGCAGAGACGCCACAUCCAUGCGAAAGUCCUCUCUUUCUCAGCGGAGCCCUCACGGUGUCCACGCAGAAUGAAAAGCUGUGGACCUACGCCAAAUACCUGUACGACGCACUGGGACGCAGAGUACGACUGCUGGAGCUGGGCACCUACGAGAACAAGACGUUCACCUACGACGUUCUGCUGCUCUACAGAGAGGCUACCAUGUAUGAGAUCCACUAUCAUAACCGUACCUGUAAGAAGAUGCCUCUGAAGGUAGAGUUCUACCCGCUGGCUAUCCCAAAAGACGCCACUCUGCUGGGUCAGGCUGUGGUGGGAAGUUCCUCCGGACCUGGACAAGGCCUCUUGGUGAACACCUGGAUGGGAGAGCUACCAGACAAGUCAGGAAAGUACUCAUCAGUGGUCACUGAAUUUGGCUGCAUUCCUGUCAACACCAACUACCAAACCAAAGAGUUCGGAUGGGUGGUGACGAGCUUCUUCGACAACGUCAUCGGGAUUGAAGAUCCUAAUCUCCUCAAUCCCCCCAGCUUCUGCUCUGAAGCAGAGAGAAUGGAGGAUCAGAAGGAACCAGUAGACUUCUUCAGCUUAUUUCAAAGCAAGAAAUGAAGACCUCCUUCGAUUGUUUCAUUUCAUCCAACUCUGUUGUCUUGUUCCACUCUUGGUUGAGACCUCGGUGCGUUCAGUAUUUUUUCUCAAAAUGGAUCCGUUUGUUCAGUUCUCUCCAUUUCAAUUCAUUUUCAUUUACUCUGAUGAUCCGUUGAAGAAUGUCUCUCUAGAACAUGAGCAAGAAUAAUAAAUUGAGUAAUUUUCUCUUCA